AUGCAUUUAUUGCUGCAUGCUUUACAUCUAUUAAAAGAUAAGAUAUUACAAGCAAGGUCUUUGUUGGUUGCUAUUAUAUCAAAUUACAGAGUCGUGUACCAUGGAAAGAUCCUUCGAAACUAUAGUGGGCUACUGUGGCAAGGGAUAUCCAUUUUUUCGUUGUUAGCAGUUUGCUCCAUAAGGAGCAAAAACCAUCCUUCUCAGUCUCACUUGUUGGUUCAAGUUGCAUUAAGGACAUGUGGUGGUCUAGACAAUUUGAAAAGAUUUAUGUUACCCUUUCAAAUGAUGAAAAGUUGUACCAUGGAUCUGGUCAAAGCCCCCUUGAUUACAUUAUGGACAAUGAUGAUUGUGGUAUGA